UUAUUACAAUUACAAAUGUAAACUUUUUCAUUUCAUGCAAGUUUAGUUUUUUAACCAUAAAUAACGUAUUAAGAGUUUUCAAGUUGUCAGAGUUAUGGGUAAAAUUGAAUGGGCCAUGUGGGCCAAUGAGCAAGGGGUGAUUUCUUGUUAUGUUUUGUUCCUUGGAGGUGUUCUUGGGGUUUCUAGUCAUGCUCUUCCAAUUUUGCAUAAAAGAUGGCAAAUAGCUGCUUAUUCAAUGGCUUUAGCUUUUUUUGUACUUCUAAUUGAAUAUCCAAGAAGUAAGCGUAAAUCUGGUCGCACGAUAGAAAGAAGCUUUCAAUUUAUUUUUACGAAAUUUGUUUCAAUGCUUGGGGUGUUUGGCAGAAACUAUUUUAUAAGAUUUGUUUUUUAUUUGCUAUCUGGUGUUCCUUGCUUAUUUUGUGUUGGUACGGUUUUGGGAGGUAUAUGUCUCAUUAUAACUUCAAUUAUUUAUCUAAAGGCCGCAAUUGCUGAUGAACAGUGGAUUGCCUGUGAAAAAGAGACGGUGAGUAAAAAAACAUUAACUAGAGCUCAACCUCCAUCAGUAGCGCCACCAAGAAUGGUUUAUAAAAACGAAUAUACUGACCCUUAAUCGUAAUUAGUGAAUCAUUCGAUUAAUUAAACAGUUUUAUAAAUAUUUUUGAUCUGUUAUUAUUAUAUAUUAAAAUUCAAUUUUUUAUUUAUAAAAAAAAAUUUCGUUAACACCCAUAUUUAAUAUUUAAUAUAUCAAUUUUGUGCACAGUUUUGCUGAGCCGUUUUUUAUAUAUCAAUUUUUUGUAAAGUUUUGCUGUCAUAUUUUUUAUAUCAAUUUUUUGUAAAGUUUUGUUAUGUCAUAUUUUAAAUAACAGUUUUGUGUGAAGUUUUGCUGUCAUAUUUUAUAUAUCAAUUUUGUGUAGAGCUACGUCAUUAUUUUAUAUUUAUUUUUUAAAUUUUGUAAUAACUGUUGUUUAA